UUCUUGGUAAAGUGUUAGCAUUUACUGUAUUCCUUAUUGAUGGGGGCCAAGAGAUUGGCAGUGGCCUAUUUACCGGUUCUUCAUGAAUGUUAUCUAAUUCUACAAUGGGUUCUGGUACACGUUGAAUGUCCAAUCUUCUCUGUGGAAUCGGAGCUUUUGGUGUUUCAGGGCCAAAUAUUAGUCUACCUAGGCGUCCAUUUCCAGCAUACAUUUCAGCAAUAAUCAUUGCGAACAUUAUUC